AUGUCUGUUGAAGUACACAAUCUUGAGUUUCUCAUUGUAUUGGCCAUAAUCUUCUGCUAUAUUCGCACCCAUAUCCAAUCUAAAGACCACAUUAGACAUAUCUUACUCUAUGAGUUUCAUAAAGGUGUCAAUGCAAGCGCAGCAGCAAAAUGUCUUCACAGGGUUUAUAGAGAUGAUGUAGUGAGUGAAAGAAGUUGCAAGAGAUGGUUUUCUCGCUUCGGAUGUGGAAAUUUGAGUUUGAAAGAAGGUCGUUCAAAACGACACGAUAUCGAAGAGUUGGAAGCUGCUGUCACAGAAAGUGAAACCGCUAUUCGUAGAGCCCUUGCAGAAGAGUUUACCGAAGCCCAUACAAUUGUUCUACUCCGUUUGAAAAGGAUUGGAAAGGUUUCCAUGGCUGGAAAAUGGAUCUCGCACGAACUGUCACCAGAGAAUCUGCAACGGCGUGUUGUUUGCGAUAGUCGAACAUUCUCAUCAGAGGCUUCCAAUUCUAUUCGACCUCUAAAACAUCAAGCAGCGUUUAGAAAGCGUGACAAAUUUUGA